AGAUGGCGGUUUAGCUAUAAUGAUAACCGCUAAAUCAACAUAUCCGUCUCCUGUUUUCCCUGUAGCAUUAACGCAUUUGUUUCAGUGUCUUACCCUUAGAAAAAUGACCAAGGACCGCUUGGCUGAUCUGCAAGCGGUUUGUAAGCGGCGAGGGAGUACGGUCGAAAACGAUGGAUUUCCUGACGACAGUGCCCUGGAUUUCGGUUACAGACUUCUUAUGGAGUGCACGUAUCUAAACGAUUUUUUGACUGAUGCUUGCAAGGUACGGGAACAGAUCGAUUGGUUGAAAACAACGGUGCAGGAAGUUAAAAAGAAACAGAGCACAAUCUUGUCGGCACCAGUGAUUAGUGACGGAGCAAGGAAAGAACUUGAUGACUUGAUAAAUUCUAUAAAGAAGGUGGCCAAAGGAAUCCAACAAAGACUUAAAGAUUUCAAAAUAGAAAUAGAGCGUGCACGGAAAGAUAAUCCAACAUCUGCAGAGCCUCGGAUACGCGAAAUGCAAUAUGAAACUUUAACCAGAAAUUUUGUUGAAGUCAUGGUCGAAUGUAAUGUUAUACAGGACGAGCAUCGCCAAAGAUGUAAAGAGCGAUUCCAACGGCAAUUAGAAAUCGCUGGGCAUGCAACAAGCGACGAGAAGUUGGAAAAAAUGCUAGAAGAAAGCAAUCCAUCCAUUUUUACCCAAGAAAUUUUAUCUGAAACCGCGCAAGCACGGCAAAUUUUGGGCGAUAUUGAGGCUCGCCAUAAAGAUUUGUUGAAGUUAGAACUGUCAAUACUUGAACUGAACUCCUUGUUCAAUGAUAUGGCGGUGUUGGUUAACAACCAGGGAGAUUUGAUCGAUCGUAUUGCCUACAACGUGGAAAAUGCUGUUGAAUUUGUUGGGAAAGCUGCCCAACAUACGAAAAAAGCAAAUAUAUAUAUAAAGCGUCUACGAUGGAAACGUAUAAUAAUUAUUUCCAUCAUUGCUGGGAUCGUAAUCAUCGUAGUUGGUUCCAUCGUAGGCGGCUGCCUCAGCAAGAGGUAGUUCAACGCUAAAUAGAUGUCAAGA